CAGAAAUCAACUUCUCCUCUCCCACUACGUCUCAAUUUUUUUACUUUGCGUUAAUUUCAUUAGAAAGAUGAGUUCUUUAAAUUACAUUUCUCCUGAAAGUUUAAAAGAUCUGUUAGCAGGAGACCGGGAGAAAAUUUCCGUAAUUGAUGUUCGUGAUGAUGAUUAUGAAGGUGGACAUAUUCCUGGAUCCAUUAAUAUUCCAUCAAAGCAAUUUCUCACUUUAGUGGACGAGUAUGUCGAGCAACUUUUACAGCAAAAGGAUAUCGUUUUACAUUGCACUUACUCCCAAAUCCGUGGACCCAAAGCUGCUAGAAUUCUUUAUGAAACUUUGCGUUAUAGAGCUCAGAAUCUUUGCUCUGCUAAGAAUUUACCUGUAGAUGAAAAAGAACAGUUUUUCCUAAGGUUGCCUUCUAUCUAUAUUCUCCAUGGCGGAUUUCUUGCAUGGAAGUCUCGCUAUGGAGAAAUCCCAAACAUGAUUGAGUAACUCACAUAAAAUUCUUUUUUUUCUUUGCUUAAGCAGCUUUAAAUGUUCUUUCUCUUCUUACUUAUCGUUUCGAUUUCCACACAUUCGUUCUUUGUUAAUUCAUAAUUCGUCCGUACACUCAUAAUCAACCUAUUACUAUUAUUCAUUCUUUUCUUAUCCGAUAAAAAUAUGAUUAUAUUACGUUCGUGAAUAAUAAAAAUAAAUAACCGCAUUCCUUCAUCAGUUAGCUUUGAUUUUUCCGUAACAAUGAUAUGAGACUCGUGCUGAAAGUAUAGCACCUGCAUGCUCUAAAAUACUUAUAAACAGAAUUAAC